AUGACUUCCAAAGACGACGGCAAAGCCGCCUCGGUGGAGGAGCGCCGGAGAAGCCCGCUGGACCACUUGCCUCCGCCGGCCAACUCCAACAAGCCCCUGACGCCCUUCAGCAUCGAGGACAUCCUCAACAAGCCCUCGGUGCGGAGAAGUUACACCAUCUGCGGGACUGCCCACCUGCUCUCGGCCGCCGAGAAGCACCCUCCGGCAGCCCUGCCGCUUUCCAGCCGGGCGCUGCUCUCGCAAACGUCGCCUCUGUGCGCCCUGGAGGAGCUGGCCAGCAAGACCUUCAAGGGGCUCGAAGUCAGCGUCCUGCAAGCCGCCGAAGGUAAGACCCGCCGCACGCAGCUCGGGCUGAUCAGGGGCUCGCUGCCUGCCCCCUUUCCCUGCCUGCCUUCUAGCUGGGCGUGGGGGGGUGUUGUGAGGGGAGAGAGAUGGUGGCGCGUUUGUGGAGAGCAUCGGCGGAGAACUUGGCGCUUGGAGGAUGGAGGCGCGGCGGGGGCUUAGGGAGGACCACAGAUGCGGGUUCUGGUCUGGACAAGAAGGGGCAGCCCCAUCUCUGGCCCCCACAGCCACGCCGAGCCGUUUUGAGAGGAAUCCCGCAAACGCUCUGCGGUUUCUUGCCCUCCUCCCUCCCCCAGGCGCAAACUAUGUCUUUAGAGAGGAGGCAGCCCACGCGUGAAAUCUGUGUGACUACUGCAGCCUGGUUUGUGCACCCAGUCGGUUUCCGCUCCCCCUUCCACCCGUCCGCCCGCCCAAAUUAUCCUUCUUCCCUCCGGCCUCCAUCAAGUCCCCAUGGCCAUUAAGAUGUUGGGGCGAAUAGUAGAGGCCUACUUUCCUUCUUCUGGGCUGGGAUUCGAGAGUCCUCCAGGCUGAAUCGGUGGUUUGUUUUGCUUUUAAAUUCCCUUCUUCCAAUGCAGUUAAGGGAACCCCAGAGUAAGGAGAGGGGAGGAGGAGGAAGAUGGCAAGAGGGGCCUGCUGGUGUUUUUGGGGGUGCCGGAUGGCUUCCUAUCGCUUUGUGGCCUGGGAAAGAGCAAGAGAGAGAGAGAGAGAGAGAGAGAGAGAGAGAGAGAGAGAGAGAGAGACUGGAUAAGUCUCGUUGGGCUGCCUGUGUGUGGGGUGAGCGUGAGACUGAAAAGCCUUAUUCUGCCUAUUUUCAGGAAGGGAUGGGAUGACUAUAUUUGGCCAGAGGCAAACCCCCAAGAAAAGGAGGAAGUCUAGGACGGCCUUUACAAACCACCAGAUCUACGAACUGGAAAAGCGUUUUUUGUACCAGAAAUACUUGUCCCCCGCGGACCGAGACCAGAUAGCGCAGCAGCUGGGCUUGACCAAUGCGCAGGUGAUAACGUGGUUUCAGAAUCGCAGGGCCAAGCUCAAGCGGGACCUGGAAGAGAUGAAAGCAGACGUGGAGUCUGCCAAGAAACUGGGACCCAGCACCCAGGUGGAUCUGGUAGCCAUUGCCGAGCUGGAGUCGACCCCCGAAGGGAGAGCGAAGUCGCGCUCCCUUUCGCCUGCCCUCCCCAAGCAUGGACUGGAAGGCAGCAACAGCCACCUCCAGCUCUCCCCCGGCUCUCCGCUCACGGACCAGCCGGGCAGCAGCAAGGACUGCUCGGAAGACGAAGACGUGGAAAUUGACGUGGAUGACUGA